CCCCUGCAGCAUCAUCAAGGUUCUCCUCAGCCAGGGGCCAAGUUCAACUGUGUCCACACUCCUGGGAAGGACCUGAGUAGAGAACAGACCCUGCAAAACCUCCCUUGCUAACUCUCCCAUAGACAUAGCCCACCUGUGUCCUGCACAAUACCAGGCUUGAAAAGUUCCGUGUCUGCUUCCAGAGGACUGACCCACUAUGCAGUGGCUGAUGAGGUUCCGCCUCCCACAGGGCAUUAGCAAAUUGAUCCACAGCUUCCACCUUGCCCCUCAGCUGCGGCACUACCAGCCUUUAUCAGGAGUUGAAGCCCAGAGAUGGAGUGAACAUAAUAUACCUGAGGAAUUUAACUUUGCAAGCCAUGUGCUGGACUACUGGGCUCAAAUGGAGAAGGAAGGAAAGAGAGGUCCAAAUCCAGCCCUGUGGUGGAUGAAUAGCCAAGGAGAUGAAGUGAAGUGGAGCUUCAGUGAGUUGAAGGACUUAACCUGCCGUACAGCCAACAUCUUCACACAGACCUGUGGCCUGAGACAGGGAGAUCAUCUAGCCUUGAUUCUGCCUCGAGUGCCUGAGUGGUGGCUGGUGGCUGUGGGUUCCAUCCGAACAGGGAUCAUCAUGAUGCCUGGGACAACCCAGUUGAAAGCUAAAGACAUUCUAUACCGACUACAACUUUCUCAAGCCAAGGCCAUCGUGACUGUAGACAGCCUUGCCCCAGAGGUGGAAUCUGUGGCUUCAGAGUGCCCUGCUCUGAAAACCAAGCUCCUGGUGUCAGAUCAUAGCCGUGAAGGGUGGCUGAACUUCCGGUCACUGAUUAAAUCAGCAUCCCCAGACCACACCUGCAUUAAGUCAAAGAUGGAGGAUCCCAUGAUGAUAUUCUUCACCAGUGGAACCACAGGUUUCCCAAAGAUGGUGAAGCACAACCAAGGACUUGCCUUCCGGUCCUACAUCCCUGCAAGCAGGAAAACUAUGCAGCUGACGACAUCUGAUAUCAUGUGGUGCCUAUCAGACCCAGGUUGGAUUCUGGCAGCUGUGGGUUGCAUGCUUGAACCAUGGACAGCUGGAAGUACAGUCUUCAUCCACAACCUGUCCCAGUUUGACCCCAAGCUCAUUAUAGAGGUGCUAUUCAAGUAUCCCAUUACUCAGUGCCUUGCUGCACCAGGAGUAUAUCGAAUGAUUCUGCAGCAAAAAUCUGCCAAUCUCAGGUUCCCCACCCUGGAGCACUGCACUACUGGCGGGGAGAGCCUGCUGCCUCAGGAAUGUGAGCAGUGGCAAAAACGGACAGGCCUUCUCCUUCAUGAGAUCUAUGGACAGUCAGAAACGGGAUUAACCUGUGCUAUCAUGCGGGGAAUGAAGAGCAAGCUGGGUUCCAUAGGGAAGGCCAUCCCACCCUUCGACAUGCAGAUCAUCGAUGACAAGGGCAAUGUCCUCCCACCUAACACUGAAGGAUACAUUGGCAUCAGGAUCAAGCCUAUCCGGCCCAUAGGAAUCUUCAUGGGCUACGAGAAUGACCCAGAGAAGACUGCUGAAGUGGAGUGUGGGGACUUUUACAACACUUGGGACAGAGCAAUCAUAGAUGAAGAGGGCUACUUCUGGUUUCUGGGGAGGGGUGAUGAUGUCAUCAAUGCCUCUGGGUACCGCAUCGGACCUGCGGAGGUGGAGAAUGCCUUGGCGGAGCAUCCAGCAGUGGCCGAGUCGGCUGUGGUGAGCAGCCCAGACCCUACUCGAGGACAGGUGGUAAAAGCAUUUGUUGUCCUGACCCCAGAGUUCCUGUCCCAUGACCAGGACCAGCUCAUCAAAGAGCUGCAGCAGCAUGUGAAGUCAGUGACUGCACCAUACAAGUACCCCAGAAAGGUGGAGUUUGUUCCAGAGCUGCCCAAAACAGUCACAGGCAAAAUCAGAAGAAGUGAACUUCGGAAAAAGGAGUUGGGUCAAAUGUAACCGAGCAAUAAACCCAGAGUCCACUCUGUGACCUUGGACAGCUACCUGGAUGGCUCAGUUUCCCCACUGUUGUGGGGUGAGAAUGGUGUGGAGGAAGGGUAGACUUGGAAGGGUCCCAGCCUUUUUGUUCUUUCAAGCUCAGUUACUAUCCUUCUUGAGUGCCCUCCCUUUUCCUCGAUGCCGUAGGUGAGCUCUCAGAUUAGGGUUGUUGAAAAUAAAAUAUUGACAUUGAUAUCA